GACAACGUCGUCGGCGCGCCGUCCGGACGUUAAUUCGUACGUUGGCGUCUGCUCGUACUGCAAGGGUGAAUACAGCGCAGUGACGCGCCGGCUCUUGUACGCGGGCAACGAGAGCUUACAGCGCUGCAGCCUCUGCGGCGAGGUGCUUCGAGCGGACAUUUACUUCAAGAACGCGUUUGAGACAAUUGCGUUUGAUGUGCCACUGCGCAACAUCCUCGCGUCGUGUCCCCAGCGUCUCUGUCGGCGCCAGUUCUCGCUGCUUGAGAUGCUGCACCUGCAUUUACGCUACGAGGCAGUCAUUUGCAGCACGUGCGGCACCUCUGUUGCGUACGAGACACACCAGUUGGCAACGUUCAUCCGCGAGCACCCCGGCAUCGACUUUGAGACCGCGCGCCCGAGCUAUGGCUCGUUUACAAGCCGGAUGCGCACCGAACGAGAGAUCCCGAUCGACGGACUCUGGUCGACCUACCUCGAGCACUCCAAGGUAGCGUUCGCGGCGCGCGUUGCAGAUGAUGCACUGGACGCUGCGGCUCUCACCGAAGCGAUGCGUCGGGCCGUCGCCAUGAUCCGCGCCCACGACAACGGCGCUUUUCCCAUCGACCUCGUCCGCGCCAUGCACCGCGACCUGCGCUUCGUCGCCCA